AUGAGGAGGAAGGAUUUGACAACACAAGAAAGAACUUCAAUUCUUCAAACCUUGCUUUUAGAGUGCAAGAAUGGGAAGCCACCAAGAGGCAAGAUGAAAGCUAUGGAGGAGAAGUUCCAUGUCUGCCGGAAGACCAUUUCUCGCAUUUGGGCUGAAGCAAAACAUCAACAACAGCAAGGUCAGUGCAUAAGUUCACAGAGUAAGAAGAUAUGUAGGCCAAGGAGAAGAAGAGUGCACAUAGACCUAGAACUAAUUGCAAGUAUAGAGUUAACAAAGCGAUCAACAAUUAGAAGGCUAGCAAAAGGCAUAAACUGCAGCAAGAGUACUGUUGGGCGUUGGGUAGAUCAAGGGCUGAUCAAAGCACACACUAAUGCAAUAAAACCUGACCUUACAGCAGCAAAUAAGCUGUUAAGGAUGAGGUUUUGCCUCGAGGCAAUGGAGUAUGACAGGCAACAAGAUGUAUUGAGGUUCAAGACCAUGCAUAACACUAUACAUAUUGAUGAGAAAUGGUUUUACAUAACCAAAAGUUCUCAAAGGUGGUACUUAACUCCAGCAGAGGCUGAGCCACAUAGAGCUUGCAAAAGCAAAAAGUUCAUCCAAAAGGUGAUGUUUUCGUGCGCAGUGUGCAUGCCAUUGUUUGCUCAAGAUGGUAGUGUGUUGUUUGAUGGGAAGAUAGGCAUCUUCCCAUAUACAGAGAUGGUGGCAGCCAAGAGAUCAAGUAAAAACAGAGUGGCAGGAACUCUAGAGCAAAAGUCAAUAGAGAGCAUCACAAAGGAUGUUGUUAGAGAGGGGUUCAUCAAGCAGCUUGUACCUGCCAUCAAGGCCAAGUGGCCCUCCUUUUACAGCAAGGAUAUCUUUAUACAACAAGAUAAUGCAAGACCACACAUUAGAAAUGAUGACUUAGAGUUUAGAGAGGUUGCAUCAAGUGAUGGUUUCAAUAUCAACAUAAUUCAUCAACCUCCAAACUCACCCGACACCAAUAUCAAUGACCUUGGUUGGUUUAGGGCAAUUCAAAGCCUACAACAGGAGACUGCAUGCUUCAAUGUGGAUGAUUUAGUAAAAGCAGUGGUUUCUUCUUUUGAAGAACUAGACCCUAUGACUUUGAAUUGUGUUUUUUUAAGCUUACAAGGUUGUAUGCUAGAGACUUUGAAGGUGAAGGGGCAGAAUUGCUACAAAUUACCCCAUAUGAAGAAAGGCUCGUUGAUUAGACAAGAUAGGCUGCCACUAUGUUUGGAUGUUCCACAACAACUUGUGAGUGAAAGCAUAGCACAUUUGGAAGAAAAAGGUGAAGUUGAAGGCAUUGAAGAACUUAAACAGAGAUUGGGAAUUCAUGAAGCAACAUUAGAUGGCAUUGAAUCACAGUUCAAUGCCCUAAUGUUACUUGACUAA